GACUCAGUAUCAGCGCACUAAAAAUGAAUUUCUUAAUAUUUACAAUAUUUUUAAUUGUAUACAGCUACAAUGCUGCCGCACAGCGUUGUGUACCGCUAACCAAUUCUUCUUGCACCGGAGCAGCUAACUCAGGCACAACUGGACCCGGUUGUUUAGCAGGCACUAGAUGGUCUUACGAUCCAACCAACAGGGUAUGUACCGCCUUUACUUAUCAAGGCUGUGGUGGAAAUACGAAUCGUUAUUGCUCUCGUGUGGUGUGUGAACGCAGAUGUAUUCGUACUGCUAGUCCAAGGGUUGUUGUUGGUUGA